AUGAGCAUCUACGACCGAGUUCCACUUGACAUCGCUGCUUUGGUUAGUAUAAUGUCCAAUAAUCUCGAAACCGUUAGUUGCAAAUUACAGGAUAAACUCUUUGAUAUUCGCGAUAAAGCCAUCGAUGUCAAAAACGCUUUGUUCAGCUAUAGUAGCGACGAUGCUUCCAAAAUGAACACCCGGCAAGAAGGAUUGAAAGCCGCGGAGACUGUGAUGAAGAUGGUCGACUACGUUUACAGCUAUCGGCUUUGCUAUGUGGGAUUUGAGGUGAGCAUACAGAUUAGUUUUUAUUCGGGAAAAAUUGUUUUUAUUAAGACUGACAUUGUCAAGAUUCAAGCUUGCUUAUCGGAUGCCGAGUACUAUCUCAGUUUUCUACCGCGGUAA